GAUGUUGUGCUAUUUCCGUAAGCCUGAGGGUGAGCUUUAGCUCUCGGUCGUCACAUUGCAAGAAGAGUGAGUGAAUGCCCGUUGUGUUCCUGCUUGAACACGGCUCGCCCUCUGGUCUCACCAGCCGCCCGCCCGCCCGCCGCGCAGGAGCCUCUGCUUGUGAGCCUCUGCUUGUGAGCCUCUGCUUGUGAGCCUCUGCUCGUGAGCCAUGGUGGAGUACUACCAGACGCUCGGAGUCCGCAAAGAUGCGACGCAAGCGGACAUCAAGAAAGCCUACAGAAAGCAGGCGCUCAAGUGGCAUCCGGACAAGAACCCCGACAACAAGGAGGAGGCUGAGAAAAGGUUCAAAGAGCUGGCCGAAGCUUACGAGGUGCUCUCGGACGAAAACAAGAGGAAUAUUUAUGACAAAUACGGCAAACAAGGGCUGUCGUCUGCAGCGGGAGGAGGCAGCGGCGGAGGAGGCCAUAACAAUCACUUUGGCCACGGCUUCACAUUCCGAAAGCCUGAGGAUGUCUUCCGGGAAUUCUUUGGCCGAGAUCCCUUUGCGGAUUUUUUCGACAACGACCCUUUUGGCGACUUUAUCGGGCACAAUUGCCACUUGGGGGAUCCCCGUUCCCGGACAAGAGGCGGCGGCGGCGGUCCCUUUGAUUUCAGGGGCUUGUCGUUUAACUCGGGUUUUAACGCAUUCGGCGACAUGGGCAGCGGCAACGGCGGCUUUGCCUCCUUCUCCUCGUCGUUUGGCGGUGGCGGCGGAGGAGGAAUGGGUAACUUCAAAUCCGUGUCCACUUCCACAAAGUUCAUCAACGGCAAAAAAAUCACCACCAAGCGGACGGUGGAGAACGGACAGGAGCGCGUGGAGGUGGAGGAGGACGGCCAGCUCAAGUCGCUAACGGUUAACGAUGUCCCAACAGACGACGACGACGACGAGCAUCGCCGGCGCAGACACAAUCUUCCCGUCGCCUGCUCACACCACCAGCGCUAUCUGAGGAGCUUCGCCCAGAACCCGGCUGGCGAUGACGACGAGGACGACGACGAAGGAGAGUACGGCCUUAGCAGAGGUCACGCGGACCCCAAGAGGAAGAAACGUUGGCUAAGGGAGUCAAGACGAAGAAGAGCGCCACCACCCCGACUCUUCUUCCCCACAUUCGGAGGCUUUGGUCCUUUUUUCUAAAAUGGUCAUUACUUUGAACUUGACGUAAUGUCCAAUACGGAUCGGAAUUUUCCAUAUUUUGCAGCACAAAUCCUCAAACCAAAAAAAAGUGAUGAAGACAAACCUCUCUCCAUGUAUUUGACCCCCCACGAACAUAUGGAUGCGGUAUAAAAUAUCUGUUGUUACUUUUAUGAACUUUUAUGAAGCAAUAAAUGCACAAAAAUGACUGACU